AAAGCCACACAUCAGUCAUCAGACGCAGGCCACUGUGCAGAUGCAGCAGCAGACAAUGUCUCUGCUCCUCCCUCAGCUUUCCAGUCUCAAAAAUCACCACUUUCUUUUCCUUUUUUCAUCUAAUCAUCUCAUCAAAAUCAAAUCUUGACGCAAAUUAAAUCUUGGGUUUUGUUAAAUAAAUUUCAAAAACUUUUCUUUUUUGUUGGGUUUCGAUUAUUCGGCCUUUUUUUAGAGAGACUUCUCACUGUAACAUUGUUUCUCCCUUCACUCGCUUAUCCGCCAGUCCCUCUAAACAUUAAAAAAAAAAGCUUUUUUUUUUGUUUUGCAUCACGAAAUGCGUUGAUGAACCAACCCGACCUUUCACCACUUCUUCUGCUGCUGUGUUCUCUCUCUAUUGAUUGAUGGGUGGUUUGAUCGAUCUGAACGUGACGGAUACGGAGGAAGACGAAACGCCCUCUUCGGCUUCUGGGUCUCUCUCUCCUUCUUCCUCCUCCGCGUCCGCGUCUGCGUCUGUGUCUGCGUUUGGUGGCUCAUAUCCUUCCUCCUCGAGUUCUGGCGUUUGUUUGGAGCUGUGGCAUGCCUGCGCGGGACCACUGAUCUCUCUGCCGAAAAGGGGAAGCCUCGUGUUGUAUCUUCCUCAAGGGCAUUUGGAACAAUCCCCCGAUUUCUCCGCCGCGGUUUACGGUCUCGCCUCUCAUGUGUUCUGUCGUGUUCUCGAUGUCAAGCUUCAUGCAGAGGCAGCUACUGAUGAUGUCUAUGCUCAAGUCUCUCUUCUCCCUGAGUCUGAGGACAUUGAGCAGAGAUUGCGUGAAGGAAGCAUAGAGAUAGAUGGAGGAGGAGGAGGAGGAGAAGAUGAUUAUGAAGUGCUUAGGAGGUCAAGCACUCCUCACAUGUUCUGCAAGACCCUCACUGCCUCUGAUACCAGCACUCAUGGUGGUUUCUCUGUUCCUCGCCGUGCUGCUGAGGAUUGCUUCCCGCCUCUGGACUAUAGCCAACCACGGCCUUCUCAAGAGCUUGUUGCUCGGGAUCUACACGGUCUGGAAUGGCGGUUUCGCCACAUUUACAGAGGACAACCUAGAAGGCACUUGCUCACUACGGGUUGGAGUGGCUUUGUGAACAAGAAGAAGCUUGUCUCUGGAGAUGCUGUGCUUUUCUUGAGAGGGGACGAUGGAAAGCUGAGACUCGGGAUUAGAAGGGCUGCUCAAAUGAAAGGAGCUUCCCUUCUUUCUACUCAGUUCGCUCAGAAUUUGAAUCAAAGCAACUUUGCUAUAAUAGCUCAUGCCAUAUCUGCCCAAAGUGUUUUCAACAUUUACUACAACCCCAAGUCCAGCUGGUCAGAUUUCAUAAUACCGGCGCAUAGGUUCUUGAAGAGCGUCGAUUACCCGUUUUGUAUCGGGAUGAGGUUCAAAAUGCGGGUUGAGUCUGAAGAUUCCACCGAGAGAAGAUGCACUGGGAUUAUAACUGGAAUUGGCGACAUGGAUCCUCUGAGAUGGCCCGGUUCUAAAUGGAGAUGCCUCCUGGUGAAGUGGGAUGACACCGAGGCUAACGGGCAUCAAAGACGUGUGUCGCCAUGGGAGAUCGAGCCAUCGGGUUCUAUCUCUAGUUCAGGCAGCUUUCUAACAAUUGGUCCCAAGAGGAGUAGGAUUGGUCUUCCCCCAUUAAAACCAGACAUUCCUUUCCCUGAGGGGAUCCAAGCAACGAACUUUGGAGAAUCUAUAAGAUUCCAGAGGGUCUUGCAAGGUCAAGAAAUAUUUCCGGGUUUCGAUUGUAUGGCUCUUACUGGCCAGACAAGAAGAGGGUUUCCUCGUAAAGGCCCAGACUUUAGGGAAUCUUUCAUGUUCCAUAAGGUCUUGCCAGGUCAAGAAACAGUUACAUCAUCUUAUCCGAGCGGCCGAGGAGGAGGAGGAUGUGGUCAAGUAGUUCCCAUGUGGUCUGAGCCAUACAUCCAUGCCAUGUCACCAACCUCAUCCAUGGCCAUGUCUCAGCUGCCGAACCAUGAAACCGCUGUCUCUGUCUCGGAUGUAAGCCACAAGAACUGUACGGACGGUCGUAGCGGAACGGGUGGCACUUGUGAGAGCAGUUGCAGGCUGUUCGGUUUCUCGCUGACGGAGGAAACUCGAGGUGGAGUGGAGAAGGGCAGUAACGUAAUUAUGGAAUGUGGAGAAGGGCAGAUUGGGACUGCCAUGAAAGGCGGUGGUGUUGUCCUUCCAAGCAGCCAUUCUAAGGGACGACGGGAUAUCUACGCCGUUAGAGACAUGCUGCUGGAUAUCGCUCUCUAGCGUUCCGGGUUUCGCGUUCUGCGUUUGUCAAGGGCUUUAUAGAUCUGAUGGUUAGUAUUACGAGUGACUCAGAGAAACACUAUAACUCUUGUGUGUUUGUGUCAUGUUCCACUAAGAUUGCAGCGUUGAAACCGGUCAAAGCCACGUGAUCUCUUGGAUUUUCUUAUUAAGAUUA